AGCCACACUACAAAAACUAGCCGUUGCAAAUUUUGCCCUCCCAAGAGUUCAUCAUUACAAACCCUAAAAAGUAAUAUUUCUUUCCCAAAUUGCUCCAAUUAAAUCCCAAAUCCGGAUAAAUCCAUUUCAUUUUUUUCCCUCACUGUGUUAACAAUUUAAUCCCCAUCAAAAUCAAUUCCAAUUGCCUAAUAUUUUACAUUAGGGUUUACGAUUAAAAAAAAUUGUAAUGGCAUCUAAAACCGUUGCUAAAGACAUCAUCACUCUACGUGGUUCUGCAGCUAUUGUCAGUGAAUUUUUCGGUUAUGCAGCAAACAGUAUAUUAUACAAUCGCGGGGUUUAUCCGGAAGAGAGUUUUGUGAAGGUGAAGAAAUAUGGGUUACCAAUGUUGCUUACUCAAGAUGAAGGUGUUAAAUCCUUUAUCGCUAACUUGAAUGCGCAGUUAUCGGAGUGGCUAGAAGCUGGAAAAUUGCAAAGAAUUGUUCUCGUGAUAAUGAGCAAGGCCACUGAAGAGGUUCUGGAGAGAUGGAACUUCAGCAUUGAAACUGAUAAUGAGGUCGUGGAGAAAGGGGUGUCCAGAGAAAAGAGUGAUAAGGAAAUAAUGAGGGAAAUACAGGCAAUUAUGCGUCAGAUCGCUUCUAGUAUUACUUACUUGCCAUGUCUCGAUGAACCUUGUGUAUUUGAUGUGUUAGCGUACACGGAUACAGAUGUAGCAGUUCCGUUCACUUGGAUUGAGAGUGAUCCAAAACUAAUUAACAAUCCACAAAUGGUGAAAUUGCAUUCCUUUGAUACCAAGAUACACAAGGUUGACACUCUGGUUUCAUACAAGAAUGAUGAAUGGGACGAGCAGUAGAAAAGCUAGAGCUCGACUCUGGUCACGUGUUGUUGUUGUGAAUCUUUUAUUCACAUUUUAUUUGUUGUAUGGAUGUAAAAAAGGAUCAAAAAUCAGUGUGUUUUUGUGGUGUGUAAUCCUCAUGUUUUGCUUAAAUGGGAAUGAAGAUUUGCAGAUUCA